GCCGCCCAACCGCCUCAGCCGCCCUCCCCUCCCCCCGCCCGCCCGCCCGCCCGCCCAGCCGGCGCCGCCCGCGCUGCCACACGCACCCCACUCCCGCACACGCCCGCGGGUGCCCGCGGCCUCCCGAGGGGGAAGAAGGAACUGAUCAAAACUCCAGGUAGAAGAUAAAUUCCAGAAUAAGAAGAAAAUCACAGAAGGAUUGUGGAGAAGAAUCUGGAGUACAAGUUCUGGUAGGAGAAUGACUCGCCUGGCCCGGGAGCAGGAGUUAUGAGCCAUGUCCCUGUGAGACCUCCGGAGUUGGGAGCAAAUGCCUGGAGAAGUCCAGCUGCACAGAGCAGCGCCACAGCUCCCGUGAACCGCGGGCACCGACGCCACUCAGACUCGCUCCUCUGGCCCCGAGCACUCUGCCAGCGUUUCCUACCCCACGAAUGGCUACUCAGAGGAGGCACUUGGUGAAAGAUUUCAAUCCUCAUAUUACCUGCUAUAUCUGCAAAGGCUAUCUCAUCAAGCCAACCACAGUGACAGAGUGCCUCCAUACCUUUUGUAAGACUUGUAUUGUUCAACACUUUGAAGACAGCAAUGACUGUCCCAGGUGUGGCAACCAAGUGCAUGAGACCAAUCCACUAGAAAUGUUAAGGCUGGAUAACACCUUAGAGGAAAUUAUAUUUAAGCUGGUGCCUGGACUUCGAGAACAGGAACUGCAGCGAGAGAUCGAAUUUUGGAAGAAAAACAAACCUCAAGAAAAUGGACAAGAUGAAAGCCCAAAAGCUGAUAAACCCAAAGUAGAUGAGGAGUGUGAUGAAAAUGAAGAAGAUAAAGACUAUCACAGGAGUGACCCACAGAUUGCGAUCUGCCUCGACUGUUUACGCAACAAUGGGCAGUCAGGAGAUAAUGUAGUCAAAGGUUUAAUGAAGAAAUUUAUCCGCUGUUCUACUCGAGUGACCGUGGGAACUAUAAAAAAGUUUCUCAGCUUAAAAUUAAAACUUCCAAGUUCUUACGAGCUGGAUGUACUAUGCAAUGGAGAAAUCAUGGGGAAGGAUCAUACUAUGGAAUUCAUCUAUAUGACAAGAUGGAGACUAAGAGGCGAAAACUUUCGGUGUCAGAACUGCUCAUCUUCGCAAGUCUGCUCUCAGGAUGGCACUUUUUAUCAGUCUUACCCUAUGGUACUUCAGUAUCGACCUAGAAUUGACUUCGGUUAGACCAAAGGGCCAGAUCCCACUGAGAUGAAUCCUGCACUAUUUGUUUACCCAUCGACAGAUUGCACAAUGAAUGGAUGUGCCUGGAUUAGGGGGACACAACCAGAUUUUCAGCAUGCAAAUAAGGACAUUGUCUUUCUUAAAAUUGUCAGUUGCAUCUCUGUUGUUUCUUAUUAGAGCAAGCCAAGUGCCAUUCUGCUACUGAAAUGUGCAUAAGAUAUUUGUGUAUCUUACGAGUGUGCUGCAAAUCAUAGCCAAAAUCAUGAUGUGUACAGUCAAGAUUCAAAAACUAUGGAAUAUUUUUGCUUGUGUGUUAGAAAAUUUUUCUGGUCCUAAUAUUGAUUACACUAGCAAAAUGGCAGAGUGCUCAUUCCAUGUGGUGUUGCAGUUUCACACACUUACUAUUUUACUGAAUAUUGUUGUUUAAAUCAUAGAGUACUGUACAAAUAACUGAGGAUUAUACCUUGAAAAUAUUUUGUAUAGAAAAUAUAUUUAGACAAGUGGUGAUUGGGCCACUACUUUUUUCUUGAUAAGCUUCUCAUGGGUCCAGGUAUAGCUCACUCAUGAGUGUGCAACAGUCCUUUUGCAGUGAGUAAAGAUUAAUUACCCUUAACAAGAGAUGCAGAAAAUGGUAAUUCAAAACAGCAAUUUUAAAUCUUCUAAAUAGAAUUUGCUAAUAUUGCUUAAAAGCAUCACAGCCUUUGUGAUUGCACUUUUCUAUGGUUUCCCUAAAGACUGGAAUGUGGGAUACUAGCUAUUUUUAGGGAAUGGCUUCUGGUCAGAUUACAUUUCUUUUAAUAAAGCCUCCAUAAAAAUGAAGUUAAAAAUAAUGUAAAUGUCUAUGGAACAAAUAAAUUUCACUAUAAGAUUACAACCAAGGCAAAAUUUUACAUCAUUAUUGCCGUUUAUAGUAAGCAUUUCCUUUUGAGAUUGGUUGGAGAUAUAUAAUAUGCUAAGACAAAAAUAAUACAUAGCUUUAAUUACAUUAUAUAUCUCUUGUGACUAUCUGGAGUUUAGAAUUCAUUACAGAAAUUUUCAUUAGUUAAAGUCACAUCAUAAAACUAUUUCCAUAAAAUUAGAGGUAAUGCAAUACUGAAGAUAAACAGUCUGACCAAAAUAAUUGUUAAGGUCAUUUUUUUUUUCCAAGACCUGGUAGUGCUGGAUAAAAAGAGAUUGUUGCCUUAGGUAUUGCAAGCGUAAUGGUCCUAGUAUAGAAUGUUUAUUGGGGUUCCUGGUAGUGUUGCAGGGAGCAUAGUAAUGCAUAUGUUUUCUGUAGUCUUCCGUUGUCUUUGCUCUGCUUAAAAGUCAGUUGAGUUUUUCACUUCAGAUUCUGUGGAGAUACUACUUAUAGUUCAGUACCUUUAUGUAAUUUCUACUUAAUACAUGCCUGCUAGUAUUGUAAAUAACUAUUUGUUUUCUUAUGCCUUUUGCAUACAGCAAAAGGGAACCAAAAUCAAUUUUUCAGAAGCUACUGUAGAGUGAGCUAAUCAUUCUUGGAUAAGGCGAAAUGAAAAUUCUAUCUUGGGAUCAAGUACAAAAGACAGACGCAAGGCUUAACUCCUUUGUAAAUUUACGUUCGUGUACAUUGGUGUGUUGCUGUAGGAGAAGUAACCAUGUUGUGUAUUACAUCUGGCCCCUUUAAUGUUAGUAGGAGUUCCAACAUUGAUGACUUGAGGAAUCCAUAUAUAGUUGGGUUGAAUUCUACCAUUGCACUCCAAAGCCCGUAUGACAUGCAGAAAAAAAAGAUACUGUCGGUAGCAGUCUGUUCAGGAAACCUGCCAUUGCAGGUCAAGGUUGCACAUAUUGUGCAGAUGCCAGUGAACCUGGGGAAGCAAAGCAUUUAGGAAGCUGCUGCUCCUUUCUGCAGGCAGUGUGCUGACUGCUCCAGGCACCAGUUUGCCCACAGUGUAGAUGGGAAGGGGUGCACGUGCUGGCUGCAGGGAGUGGUCCACUUUUUGCCCACCCGGUAGAUGUUGUGCUAUUUGACAGAAACAAGAGGAUACUCCAUGUAGGGAGGGCCCUUCUCCUCUGCAAAGCCUCUAGGGAGAAAGAGAUUCUUUGUGUAUAUGGAGGCCCUUCUCAUGGAGUAGCUUGGCAGAGCAGAGCAUGCGUUCUAAUUGCAAAUCAUUCUUCUCUUUAGAAUAUAGUUGUUUUGUACAGUAGAAAUAGGAUAUUAUUCGUAAAUGCACAUACGGUGACACCUUACAGUUUUUAUAUAUUUCACGUGUUUUUAUACUAGAAUUUUCACUGUAGACUCACUUGAUGUAAAAUGCCGCAUUCAGUUUAUCACAAAACUAAUGGUAGUACGCUUAAGCAUAAUUUCUGCUUGGUUCAGGGGACGAUUUUUUUCUCAACAAUCACACUUGCUGUUUUGACAAAUUUGAACAGGCUUGUUUGAAAAAGAGGAGAACGCAUUAUUUUUAAUCCAUUUUAAGUUAUCUUACACGGAAGUUUGCACCACCUAAUGGCACUCCUGAAAUAGGACUACUUUGUAUUGACUUCUGAACGGCAACUAAUAGAAGAUUUGACUGUUUAAUGACUUUCUGUGUUCACAGUUCAGAGAACCAUGAGUUCUCUUGAUCAGAAUUAUUGGUUUAAUUCAUGGUAUUUUCUUGAUAGGACUUAAAGCUAGAUUGCAGAAGGCAGAUCUUCAUUUUAAGCAUGGAAAAUACUGACAGAUAUGAUUUAAUGUUCCCAGCUGAGAAUCAUGGCAUUAAAUGCAUAUGAUCUAGCCGCCCACACUUUAUGCAUUUCUGAUUUGAUGGCAGGGUGCCUGAGUGCUGUUAUAGAUUAAUAGUUUCUGUAGCAGUGAAGUGCCAGUGAAGUACGUAUCUUAACUGGGCAGCUUGUAUAAGACAGGUGUUGCCUUCUUUACAGGAAAUUUCUGUCCCAUGCAGUACGUAUGUGCCAAGUAUUUACAGAUAUGCAUAUUUAAUUCAUUUGUGCCAAUUAAGAAUAUCUGAACAGCAUAGGAGGAUGAGAAUGCAUGUACAGAUUCCUGUGUGCCAAAGAUGGGGUAAAGUGAAACGAGUACCUAAGCAUUCCAUUAAAACUGCACCAUAUGCCAUCCUAGAGCAGAUGUCUGCGUACAGUCACACUUUCCGAGCACUUCCAUGACAAAGUGUCAACCACUGCAUGUUUAUAAAGAAUAGGAAUAUAAAAUAAGUGCUGCUGCCACUGUGUCUCUGUGGCUUUUCCAUAUCGGCAGUACCUAGCUGCAGAGGUAGACCUAAAAAAUUCCACACUACUACCUAACCUUGCUGUCUCUUAUUUGGCACAUUUGGUGGUGAGGCUUUUUUCCCUGAAAGCGAAAAACUUGUAUCUGCUUUUAACUCUGGGGUGACUCAUUAGUGAAAGUCAUAAGCAACUUUUUGUUGAGCAUAGCUGGAUGCUGAAUUUUUCUGGUAACAAACUGUAAGCUAGAAUUUACAAACAAGAUCCUAUAAUAUCUCAAACAAUAUGGAAUUAGAUGAUUAAUCAAUAAAUGUAUCUUUCAUCAUGCAUUACUACACUGCUCGUAGCUAAGGGCCUAGUCAUAUAAACAUAUUUUUAUUUGGAUGAAAUACCAAAUACGAUUACUACAAUAAUCUAAGUGACUUAUCACUAUAGGUACUGUUCACAUGAAAGCUUCUGGGAUUUGGGUCCUAGGAGUACGCAGUGCUGUAAGUAUAUUGUGCAUACUCAGCUGGCUUGCAGUUAUUAUGCAAAAAAAAAAAAAUAAAUUAUAAAAAGUAUAACUUUGGCUUUACUGAAAACAUUACAUAAAGCAAAGUGCCUGAUAAUACGGAAUACCUUUAAGCCCAUUAUUUGCAUUUGGCAGGCUGAUAUUUCCUUUGGUAUUUUAUUUAUGGUCUUAGUAUUUUCAACAAGAAUAUUUCAUAGACAUGCUGUAUUGAGAAGCUUUCUUUCAUGGGAAACAAGCAGAAAAAAACGUGUUCUAUUAGAUAAUUUAAAAUUGAAAAAAUUCCACCUAUCUCAGUGGAAACUAUGUGAAAAGAAUUACUUUUAUAUUGAAAUUAUUUCACUUUCUGCAUGAGGGACCCUUGAAUUCUGGAUCUUGCUCCUUUUUUAUUCUCCAUAGGUUCCAACAAUUUGAUUUGACUUUUCUCUUCUGCAGUUAUCAAAACCAGUUCCAGUAUGUAUCUGCAGGAGAAAAGAGGUUGAUCACGUACCAUUUAGAUAUAAGCUAGGGUCGUCUUCUCUGCUGCAGGUAAAGUAAUGGUCCAGAGUUUCAUCUCAUCUCUCCCAUGUAUAAUCAUUACGCAUGACUUUUUGAGAGAAGCAAACAAUUUUUCCUUCUCUGCUGUUCUCUAAAAUAACAAAAUAGGCCAGGUUUUAGUCCUUUAAUCGAACCGGUGAAUGAGUUGCAUUGUUCCAUUUGUGAUUUUUGUACAUUUUCAUAUCACUGAAGACACCAAGAGGCAUUCACUCCACAGAAAAAAUAGUUCUGGGAGGGCUUGCAACAAAAGGAAUAGCAUCCAGCUCAGGCAGGUACUAUGGUACGACUGGAGAACAGACAGUUGUUCAAAGCCAGUCUUAAGUCCCAGAAUAAAUAGAUUGAGCGAUUGAGCCCUGUUUACAGAGAGGCUACAUAAAAUACUGGUUAAUUACAUGGACUGAUCAUUUUUAUCUUGGAGAAGACCAAAGGCAGUUAAGACUUACAUGCCUAUCCACAGCACAUAUAUACGCUGUCAAGAGCUUGUUCCAGUUUCUUCAUUUAACCUAGACAGGUUGGCAGCAUCUGUUUGCUUCCAUUGGAAAUGCAUAUGUCAUGCAGGAUAUUCCUCUCUCAUUUUACUUUAUGCUAUGUUAUGUUAUUAUUUAUCUCCGUUAAAACGUCUAUUCAGGCACCCUCUGUCCUGUAAUUAAUCCUAGGUUCUUACAAAUCUUUUGCCCAUUCCCAUACCUGAGCCCAUUUGCUGCCCAACAAGUAGAAACACUGUGAAGUUCUAAAGGAGAAACUGCACAAGGCAUCACUCAUUGGGUUUUGUUCAUCGGGUAGCUCUAAUGGGUUUUAACAAAGUUUUCACAGUUCGGCAUUUAGAAUCCUUUCUAGCCAGUUUGAACAAGGUAAUGCUACCACAAGGUAGAGAUACAUGUUUGGGGAAGGAUUGCAGUCUACUGGAGUGUGUUCCAGGAUGAGUUCCAGGACAGAGGGGAUUGAUUCACCCUAAAGGAAAAGUGAAAAGCUUCUAACUGCUCGUUACCAAUAGUUAUACGACGUGGGUAGUCUGGCCUUCAGACCUGAGCUGAAACAUCCCUCUGUAGGAAUAUCCUCAAAAAAACCAUCUUGUAGUUGUAGUGUAUUUUUCUUCAUAAGCAGAUCUACCUGUUGAUUUAUCUUUUUUUACUACCAGCUACACAGUCUGUAGAUCAGAUUAAAACGUCAGACUCCAGAAUAAGAUACUGAAUAAUUAAUGAAUUCCUGACAGAUUCUGCCAUCCAAGAUAUGUGCCGUAAAUCUUCUGAAUUCAGGUAGCCUACUACUACAGUUGAGUAAAGCUGUUGUUUCAUUCUCUAGUAAACUAUAUAGAUCCAUACAGUUCUGGAGUGCGGCAGUGAAACGGCAGAGCUCUAUAGAGGGAUGGAAAUGUCCAGGCUACCUUUGGUACUUGCAGAAAGAGACCCUGUUCUGUAGGUUCAGGAUGGAGGAGACAUUCUGGAAUGAAAGAUAUCUACAAGUGGAAGUUUUAGGCAUUACAUACAUUUUAACCAAAGAGAGGCAUUGGUUUGACUUUGCUUGUUUAUCUGAACCAUUACGCGUACUUUUCUUUGAACUAACUUUAUUGUGUAUUUUUAGAAAAUGCUUCUAACAAGGUUAAUAAUGUGACAGUUGACAGGAUGAGGUGAACAGAAGUAGUUACUGUGCAUUUUCCUUUUUCCUCAUGGUAGCGAGUGGAAAGCAGAGUAUGAGCUGAGAGUAGGUUGCUAUAUAACAGAGAAUUUCUGCAACAGUAAAACAUUUGUGCUGCUAGUUAGCAUACUGAGGUUUGUAUUACAAAUGAGGUUGUAAUAAAGAUGUUUAUUAUCGAAGUGCAAGGCACAUUUUAUGGCGGUAUUCUACUCCUAAAGUUCUGGUUUGUAUUAUAUUGGGUAUAGUAGACAUUGCUGCUGUUGUCUCAUGAAUUUUGAUGCGAUAAGAUGAAACAUGCUCUCUUUUUACUGAAAAGUACCAGAUGCUAAUUGAUUUUAAAUUACUCUUUGUUGUCAGAUAUUUAGUUUGUUCAUAAAAAAAAAAAAAAGUUUUUUUAAAAUAAACUAUUUUUAUGGAUAAUUUGAUUGCCUAGUAGUUUUAAGGGACCUAUUUAAUACCAAAGGUAAAGCCACCCAGAAACUGACUCGGAGAAGGCACUGACACUUCUCUGGAGCGCAGUGGUUAAGAGUUAAACCUGGAAUCAGUCAAGGAGAACUUAACUGGUGGUGGCCGCCUGUCACCAAGCUAAGGGGUUAGGCACACCUAGCGGUCUCCAAAACAAAACAGAAAAGGAAAAAAACCAACAGGAGUAGCAUGAAGGUUAACAGACCUAAAGUAGCUCGUUGAGUUUACAUAGCUCAUGUUCCCGAAGCAAAGCACAAAGGCUUGUCUCCCUGAUGUGUCUGCUAUACCUGGCCUGUGAACUGAUGACAAACUUCAGUGUGCUGUCAAUCCUGCAAACCUUCCAAAGCACAAAAUAUUCACCAAGCUACUUUGGGGUUUUUUAGUCAUAGUUCAGUGAUAUUUUGGAGGGUGGAAAGGACAGACUUGGACGAUAAUGAGAAGAUACUAAGUAUGUUUUACAGAUUUUUAUAGAUAUUUUUUUAGCAAAUGGCAUUGCUGUCCUUGAUGUGAGACCAUUGAUUUAGCAAGUCAGUUAUUUUACUUGUGCAGUCUAAAGUAGAAAGAAUAAAGAAAUCCAAAUAUCUUGAUUUCAUUUUCCAGGAUAGUGAUUAACUAAACUGGAAAGUAAAAGGACAAUUUAAUUAUUUAGCUGACUGAAAUAUUUCAUUCUAAAAACUUACUGAUCAUUUUUUUUUUCUCAAAUACAAGCUUCUUAGAAUAAACAUGAAGCAAUGCAUCAUUUUUUCCCUUACUGUAGACUUAACUAUUGAAAGGAAAAUAUUUUGCAGUUUUUAAAAUUAGUGCAAAGCCUGAAUUGUUGGAUGUUCCAAGCUACGGAACAGAUGAUAUAGAGCUACACUCAAUGGAAAUUUUUUUUUUUUUUUUUUUUGGGAUGGGGGCCUAAGUGUCCUUAUAUAAGCUGUGAUCCAAGUUAUGAUAAGAAAGGAGCCUAUGGUGAGCAGUAAUAAUGUUCUAAUGCUUCCUUGCAUUUGAUCAGUGGUUACCAGUUUUUAAUAAAGCAGCCCUCACAGUACUUAGGAGCUCAUAGAACAUAUUGUGAUUUUUAUGUUGCUAAUCUGUUUUAAAGUAUAAAAUGUUUUAAGCUUUUUGUCAAAAGUGAUAACAUCAUAUUACAAAUAAACCUUUUUGUGGUUGUAAAAUUUAGCUUAUAAAUCAUUCAAAUUGAAGUGAAAGAAAACACAGGUCAUUGUUAAUGACAGUCUAUCCUACUAUUAAGAGUAUAUGUAUUUUUGUAAAGGCAAAGCACUUGUAGAUAUUUAAUCAGUCCAAUAUCUAUCUAUGUUAAUGUUUUGAAAAAAAAGAAAACAAAACCAAAAUGCUGCUUAGAGAAUCACUUAGAUAUUUUUAUUUUUUGUGCUCAAAUGCAUUUUCUGUUGAUUUAUGGAAUGUUUAUUCUGUGUGAAGCUGUAUAGUUAGUACAGCUGGGCUAAAUGCAUUUCUUAACUUAAUCAACUGUAUCUGAUGAUGAGAAUAUAUUUUCUGUCCAAUCAGAAAACUAAUUGCAAAACAUAGGCUGGUGGUGCUGUGUUCCAUCUUUGAUAUUAGCUGUCUUAAAACAUUUCUAGUUCAUAGUAAUUACAAAAAAUACUAAUAAUUUUUUUGCAAUGGGUGUGUUUUAAUGGACGUUUCAGGGUAUAUUUGGUUAUUCAGCUGAAUCUUACUAUACUUAUAAAGAUUUUUAUAAAACGGAGACAGAAUUUUAUGUACAGGAUUUAAAAAAACAGUUCCCCAGAUGAAAAAGUAUGCCAGAUUAGUCAAGUAUAAUACUUUCCUCCAAAGGAAACUGCAGCAGGGUACAUACAUGAAACAUGAUUGCAUCACUACAGCUUCUGAGCAUUUGUACAAAUAGUAUUUUUUAAAUUCAGAGUAACUUAUUUCUUGUAGUAUUUUGCAUCUGUUUGAAACCUCACUCAACUAUAUUUUGAUCAACAUAGUGCAUUAGUGCAGUUUCAGGGGAAAAAACAGUAAAGCAAAGGAUUUUAUUCAAGUACAGUAAAGAGUGGUGAAUACCGUUGUGGUUGUUAGCAGGCAGUCCAAAAUCUAUUUACUUGUUCCCAUGGGAUUCUACAGGGGUCUACUCAUGGGCCCGAUGCUGAGUUAAGCUCUUCAGCUUGACCUCAGUGGAGCUACUUUCUUUUAUUAUCCUUAUGGCUAAGACUUGAAAUGGCCCCACUUCCUCACUGAAUUUCCUUUCAUGGGUGGCUAAUAUUGCUUAAAUUUAAUCUUCUUACAUUAACCUUCCCAUAAGUAAAUGAGUUUUGCAACACUGAGUGUAUACACUAGCAGUAGAAUUCAGUGUUACAGUUCAGCCGAGUAAAUACUUGUGUAAUUGUCAAACUGGUGGAUGGUUUCAGUCAGGCUAUGAACACUUGUAACGGCACAAUGCCGUUAAUACACAUGCUUCACAAAGAUCUGCAAGUGAUCAGGUUUUGAUGCAUUUUAUUUUUUCAAUAUUGUCCAUUUUUAUAAUUUUUGUUGAGCUAAUUUCUAUAGUAAUUUAUUGGAAGUCAGCAUCUCAGGGUCCACAAAGUAACAAUUUAAAGACUUAAAUCCGUUUGAGUGCAACUACCAGUAUUGCAGUCUUGUAUCUUUUAAAGAACCAAAUAUGUUGUGUUUUGAAGUAUCUUAAAAACCACCGUAAAUUUCACCCAGUGCUACCAAUGGAAUGUUGGGGGUUUAUUUUAAUCUGUGCUAAAGCCCUUAGAAGCUGAGUGUGGCCCUGGAAAAAAUGAGACGUGUAUAACUGAGUUAGCACUAGUAGCGAUUUUAGGAUUAGGUAAGGGGAGCGCUGGUACUAGGGGGGAGUCUGGCAGAACCCCACAGUCCUGCCUCUUGGUGUAGAGGGAGGUGUGCCUGUUCAAAGCUACGCUGACGUUUGUAAACAAGAUUUAUUUUAAAGCAACAGCUCAUGCAAACCCUGUAAAUGGACCUUUUAGAAUCUUGUGUAUAAAUACCUCCGAUAAGUAAAGGUAUUUUUAAUUCUGUAACUACCUGUAUGGCCCAGUACCAGUGACAUUAAAUUAUUUGAGUGCUUCAUGCUAAUGUCAAGAAUGUUGACAGCACCUUUAUAAUAGCUGAUAACAAAUAACAAACUGGUCUGACCCAUAUGCUGCAAGAUGCCUCUAGCCCAGUUGGAUUAAUUUUCUGAAAAAUCUAGAUGAGCAAGAAGUAUAACUAAUCUGCUUACUAGCACUGAAAUUGCUCCUUUCUCAAAGCAAUAAAUAUAUUCAUGUUGUAACAUCUGUUGUGCAGCCUACAAUACAAGUUGUUUUGUUGCAUUGUUUCUAUAUAAUUUAUUUUGUGCAAUAAAAAAUCUCUGGUUUUAUCUGA